AUGGGCGGCAACGCGUUUCGAGACCUCGAAACCCCGCGCAUGCCUCUGCACGUCUACCUUGCCGUCAGAGAGCGCCUGCAAAAUCUGCUCAAGCAGCACUUCACCUAUGUUGCAACUCCGCUCGAAGCGCCCGGCAAGAAGGAUCAUGGCGACAUUGAUAUUCUGCUCUGCGGACCAAUUACAAAGUUCCGACCAGCCACUGACGAUUCCACCAACAUCGAGGCUCUAAACUACAAGACUGAAGACAUCGCUGCUAUCAUUGGUGCUGAGCACUCCCGGCGCAUUGGAACGCUUGACCAAUGGAACUUUGCCAUCAUCUGGCCCGAAGAAGUGUCUGACCACCCUGCUACACCUGACCAGCUCGGCAAUACCGAUGCCUCGAUCCGCUACAUCCAAGUUGACAUCCAUAUCCUGCCAACCCUCCAAAGCUUCAAUUGGAUGUCUUUCAUGCAUGCACACGGUGAUCUCAACAUGAUCAUCACUCUCACAUGCCGCCCGAAGUGCUUGCAGAUCUCUGAGAAGGGCUUCUUCGUAGGCAUUCCUGAACUCUUCAAGACACACCCCAAGCUCGGUCGUGUGCUGGCUACCAGCGACCCCGACCAAGUCCUCCGCUUCCUUGACCUCGAAACUGAGCGUUUCUGGCAACACUUCGCCUCUUGGGACGACCUCAUGGAUUUCGCGGCGACUUGUCGUUUCCACAACCCAGCUUUCAUCUCCAAUCGGCGUGAUGACAAUAGCGAGCCGACCAGUAGCGGUGUGGCUACCCCUGUCAGCGAGUCGAAGGGUUCAGUCUCUCUCACGAUGCCGAAUGUGACGGCCCUCGUCCGAAACAUGGCGGCCGUAGUCUUUGACCAGAUCGGUCGCAUGCUCCCUGCUAGCAAAAUCCAAGCUACAGCACCGGAGAUCAAUGCUCUUACCAAUACUAGCUCAGGUAUCAACAGCAGUGGAACCACGUCAGCUGAAAACUCCGCUCCUACCGACGCCCUCAACCUCAAGCCCUCCGAUCGCAAGCGUCUUAAGACUCGUCCAAUGUACGACCACUGGAUCAGCGUCUACCUUCCCACCCAUAUUGAUGAUCCUCCUCGUGCUUCCGCUCAUCUUACCAAGGCAGAUGUUAUUGCCGAAGCCAAGGACUUCUUCGGUCCCGACUUCGCUGCCCGCUACGACGCUCAGCGUAUUUCAGCGCUCAAGACCACAGGCGAGCAGAAGCUCUGGGAGGCUCUUCGGAAGCACAUCCAGAGCGAGGCUAAUGAAUCGAGUGAAGUGACAGUUGCGAUGAAGGGAAUCAAGCGAGAGCUGAUAGGAGAUGAUGACAUGGAGGACCAAGCGGCUACGCAGGCACGGGCUGCAUUCAAAGAGCUGCAAUUCGAGGACGUCCUGAACUGGGCGAAAGCGGAGUGGAAGGCCGUGGAGGCGAGACAACGUGCGUAUGACAAGACGAAGGCGGAAACGCUGUAA